AUGGCCGACCCGCUGAGCAUCUCGGCUAGCAUCGCCGGUCUGGUCACUCUCGCGGAUGUAGUUUUUCUGCGCUUGACAAAGUAUAUUAAAUCAGUCAAGAAUGCGGAGAAGGAGGUCGACGAUCUUCGCAAAGAGGUGAAUCUGCUAGGAGGCGCCGUCAACAUGCUAUCGAGGUCAGCGAGUGGUCACGAGAUGGGAGAUGAGCCAUUCAACAAGGACUUCCGAAUGCACCACAUCGAGGGAUGCGCUUUCAUCCUCAACGAAAUUUCCCAGAAGACAAAAAAGUACGACACCAACCCAAAAGGCAAGCUCCAGAGGCUUAUGUGGCCAUACACGUCCUCGAAAACCAAAGAAUUGCUUGCCGAACUCUCCCGACACAAAGAAAACGUCAACCUGGCCUUGACGGCCAAUUCCAUGGAGGCCCUCUUACGUUGCUUGGCAAAAGAAGACGAUAGGGCAAGAACGACCGCUGAUAUUCAAGCCGACGUUAAAAAGACCCGAGAGAUCGUGCAUCAAGCUGCGACACCCGAGAACUGGCAUGUGGCUCGAGCGUCUACAAUCUUCCAGACAUGGCUUAUGAGUCCUGGGUCACGACUGUGGCUGAGUGGUAUUCCAGGUGCAGGCAAAACGGUUCUUGCGGGGUCUAUCAUUGGACACGCUCUGGCAAGAAGCUCCAAUACGGUAGCAAUCGGUUUCUUCUUCUGCGAUUACAAGAAUGAAACAACACAGAGGCUGGUCGGCAUUCUAGGGGCUUUAGCCCAUCAGCUUGCGAAGCAGAACGAACAAGCCUACGUGAUGCUGGAAGAAUAUUACUGCGAGCUUCAUCCCGAGAAAGGCUUAUCAGGCUCCCCAGACCCAGAUGACCUGACGAAAGUCAUUCUAACGAUGUCCCAACUCUUCGACCAGGUAUAUUUGAUCAUUGAUGGUCUGGAUGAAUGUCAAGAUACCACAGGAGAGGUUGUCCGGGCUUUAUGCGCGAUUGCCGAAAGCUCCGAUGAGAUCUCAAUGGCAGUCUUGAGUCGCAAUGAAGACAACAUUCGAGAUCAUCUUUCCGACCCAGAAAUCGACUUCGUCAACGUACAAAUAGCAGCUCAUAAAGAAGACAUAACCGAGUAUGUCACUUCAGAGAUUCAGCAGCGGAUUAGGACCAAGCGACUACACUUCGAAGACCUUUCCCUGGAGGGCGAAAUUGUGGAUGGCUUAGUAGAGGGAGCAAACGGAAUAUGA